AACACACAAGCUUACCCCAUUUUUAAUGGCAUCCACGUUCACCGAGUAUGUAUCUACUGACGGCUCACCUUGGUUGCUCGUAGGAGGAAGGGAAAAACCAGCAGAUAAGAUGCCGGAUCUGCAUCAAGACAAAAGAACCCCCCGAAAGUCAAUGGUACGCUCAAGGCGUAAGAAAGCUUCGUCCUCGAAGAUACAGGAGGGUAAAAUUCAUACUUCUGGCAACUCGGGCAUGGAUUUGAUGGAAUCUCAAAUAUCGACUGUGAUGGGUGCUAUCAACCUGGACGAUGACCAACCGAGUGAUGCAACGAGACUUGAAAAUAUACUACGAAACAUUUAUCAGCGGAUAGAGAAAUGGGCCAUGGACAUGAUAAGGAUUAGUCGCGAGCUGGACUUUGGACUUCUCGGCCUCAACGCCAUGGCAGACUGCAACAGGGUAAUGGCUAAACAAAUGCCGGCGCAAAACCUUACAGCCUAUUCGGAACGACUGCUUACAGAAGUCUUACCCAGUGUCAAAUGGAAGAGCGUCCUUCUUCGAUUAGUGUGUUAUGCUUAUGACCCAAAUAACCGGCCAAUCUCGUUCACUCGACUGUACAAUCUCAUGGUUGCUUGUGAAUUCUAUCGCGCUACGGAUUUGCUGCAAUCGGAAAUCACGUCGGCUAUGGCACCGACCAUCCGGCUCAUGCUAGACGGUCUUGUCCUUGACAGUCCCAACCUAUAUUCCUCAGACUACCAAAUGACACUUGAGUUGACCCGCGAUCUGAAGGAAAUGCUCCAGGCGCAAUACAACUGGGAUCCCAUUGAAGAGACAUUUUCCGGUCCGUUCGACUUGACGCGUUUCUGUGAAGAACUCUCACUGGCCUCCCAGCUGUUUCUUCCCCUCGACAUACAUCUUUCCCUAUGGCGAUACUCCCAAUACCAUCUUGACGUCAACUACUUUGAUCCGUAUUAUUGGCCGCUAAUUGAGUAUACGCUUGAAGGCGAAUCCGAACAAUCGAUCAUGCGUAAAAUCAUACAAGAGUCGUUCACUGGAUCCUCUUGCACCCUGGAAGAGGAGGGCAGGUCGAGUGGCGAAAGUGAGGCGUCCAGUCAUAUCUUUGAUUCAGCCACAGAGGUUUCCGGAGGUGCAGACAUCACAGAUAGUGACUGGAGCAUUGUGAAUGAUGAGCAACAAGCUUGAUAUGUAUUUCAUACCAAGAGCGAACACUUGCAUCCAAGGCAUUGUAUAUGAGCUGUUUUCCAAAAAGCGU